AUGAAUGGGGCCACUCAGUCUGGUCGCAGAUCGCACCCUCCGGGUCGAACUGCGAAUCGGGAGAGGAAACGAAUUCAUUGGGCCCCAUUGAAUAUCGGCCUCGAACGACGAUUGCAAACCUUUGUCGUCUUAUGUCAUACUCUCACAAUUGCCAUUUUUGUGACGAGUUUUUUCUUCAUCUGUGCUAUUCCUCUAUUCUGGCCCCUUCUCUUACCCUAUCUGGUCUAUAUCUCUUUGUUCUCCACCGCACCGACCUCUGGCGAACUGAAAGGCCGAAGUUCAUUUUUACGAUCACUUCCUAUCUGGUCGGUCUAUGCAUCUUAUUUCCCUGCCCGUCUUCACCGCGAGGAACCUUUACCACCGACCAAGAAGUACAUAUUUGGCUAUCAUCCCCAUGGAAUCAUUUCGCAUGGUGCCUUCGCCGCCUUCGGGACCGAGGCCCUAGGGUUCUCGAAACUUUUUCCCGGCAUUACCAACACCUUGCUGACUUUGGACUCAAACUUCCGAAUUCCCUUCUACCGAGAGUAUGCGCUCGCAAUGGGACUGGCUAGUGUGUCCCGAGAAUCCUGUGAGAAUCUUCUGAACAGAGGCGGUGCAAAUAACGAGGGAAUGGGAAGAGCGAUCACCAUUGUCGUCGGUGGAGCGCGAGAAUCUCUUAAUGCGCAGCCUCAUAGUCUACGUCUGGUGCUAAAACGUCGCAAAGGGUUUGUCAAGCUAGCCAUUCGCACGGGAGCCGACCUGGUACCCGUCCUAGCCUUUGGGGAAAACGACCUAUACGAACAGGUCAAUUCGGAUCAGCAUCCACUCAUCCACAAACUUCAGAUGCUUAUCAAGCGUACCAUGGGUUUUACCAUUCCUCUAUUCCACGCCCGUGGAGUGUUUAAUUAUGACGUUGGGUUAAUGCCCUACCGCCGUCCGUUAAAUAUCGUGGUGGGACGGCCGAUUCCUGUGAUGCAGCAGAAGAAUCGAGAUAAAAUUGAUGACACGUAUAUCGAUGAGCUUCAUUCCAAAUACGUGCAGGAACUGCAGCGAUUAUGGGACGAGUGGAAAGAUAUCUAUGCUAAGGACAGAGCAGGUGAACUGGAAAUCACCGCGUGA